AUGGCACUUUUCAAGCCCUCCAAGAACCAGUCUGCCUCGGUCAUUGCCUCUCCCGCUGUUACCCCUCGCUCUUCGAUGCACGAGCAGCGUCCUGCCAACAAGAUGACCAAGGAACAAGCACUUGAGAAGAUCCUCUACAAGACCAUGGGCGAUGCUGCUACCGUCCCAUCGCAAUAA